AGUGCUUCAGUGUAGACUCGAGGAAGCUUGUCCUAAACUCCGCCCUCCCCUCCCCAUGACAGGAGUUUAGUGUAGUGCGGGGAGGGGGGGCAGUAAACAACUGAAAGCAUGGCUCCAUUCCCCUUCUACACUGCUGCCUAACCUGGGCUGGAUUUCGUGCAUCUGAUGAACUGUGGAAGAGACCUCCUUGGGGUAAAGUUUUUUCAGCAUGACAGUUUAAGGAAAUUUUGUCAGUGCCAUCAGUUUCAAGAAGUACUACUUUAGCAAGAUGAUUGGAAAACUCAAGCAAAACCUGCUCCUGACCUGUCUUGUUAUAAGUUCAGUGACUGUAUUCUAUUUAGGGCAGCAUGCAAUGGAGUGCCAUCACAGGAUAGAGGAACGCAGUCAGCCUGUUAAAACUGAGACUGCCAAGGCAACAUUAAGAACUGAUAUCAAAAGAAAUUCUAACUUUACAUAUGAUAAGGACAUGCCAUUAAUAUUUAUUGGAGGAGUCCCUCGGAGUGGAACAACACUAAUGCGUGCCAUGCUGGAUGCCCACCCAGACGUUCGUUGUGGAGAAGAAACCAGGGUUAUCCCUCGUAUUUUGGCAGUCAAACAAAUGUGGGCACGAUCAAGCAAAGAGAAAAUAAGGUUAGAUGAAGCAGGUGUUACGGACGAAGUACUAGAUUCAGCCAUGCAGGCAUUUUUACUGGAAAUCAUAGUGAAACAUGGAGAACCAGCACCAUAUCUUUGUAAUAAAGAUCCAUUUGCUUUAAAAUCAUUGACUUAUUUAGCCAAGAUAUUCCCCAAUGCCAAAUUUCUUCUGAUGGUGAGGGAUGGACGUGCCUCAGUACAUUCAAUGAUUUCAAGGAAAGUCACCAUAGCUGGCUUUGAUCUAAAUAGUUAUCGAGACUGCUUGACAAAGUGGAAUCGUGCUAUAGAAACCAUGUAUAAUCAAUGCAUGGAAGUGGGUUAUGAUACGUGCAUGUUAGUACAUUAUGAACAACUGGUUUUGCAUCCAGAACUCUGGAUGAGAACUCUUUUGAAGUUUCUUCAUAUAACAUGGAGUGAUGCUGUGUUGCACCACGAAGACAUGAUUGGCAAAGUAGGCGGUGUAUCAUUAUCUAAAGUUGAAAGAUCCACUGACCAAGUUAUUAAGCCAGUAAAUGUUGAAGCUUUGUCAAAAUGGGUUGGGAAAAUACCAGCAGAUGUAUUAAGAGACAUGCCUGUCAUUGCACCAAUGUUAGCCAAACUUGGUUAUGAUCCAUAUGCAAACCCACCCAACUACGGAAAGCCAGAUCAGAAGGUCCUUGACAACACAAGAAGGGUUUAUAAAGGUGAAUUUCAACUACCAGAUUUCCUGAAAGAGACUGCAGCAGUGAAGUAGAGUUGCCGAGUCUUCCACCAAGGAAAAGAUGAUUUGUCCCUGGUGACAGACACAUGGUUCAGUUUCCUUGCUGCACAAUGGAACAUCUCUAUCCUGCAUUUUGCCAUGCCUCCACAACUAGUACUGAUCCACCUGUAUGAGUAAAGCACGUCUCUGUGGCUGGAACCACCCAUUCCUUUGCAGUGGUGUAGUACUGUAUUUACCAGCAGAGUUUUGUUUCUAUGUACAUUUUAAUAAUAACUAUCUGUUAAAAUA